AUGAGUGAGAAAAAGAAAUCAGCGAGGGCAUCGACAACUGCUGCUGCAACGCUACCCUCUCCUCCGGAAGAAGAAGAUCCUUCUGAUUCAACCAUAACUCAAUUCGAAGCGUCAUUCAACAAACCCAGGCGUCCGGCAGCUGCAGCGGCGACUACGAAAAAAACUGAAACUCAGUCAGCGAACAAAGCGUGGGAUGAUGAUGCUUGGGCUAUUUUGAAUAACUAA